AUGACUCCGCCCAAGAACGAGUCCGCGACGUCUGACCGCAUUCGAUCCCGCCGGUCUUUCGCUCAGAUGCCCCGUCCAGGCAUUGGACCCGGGGUCGAUAAAGAAAAUAUGACGGCGGAUAUAAGCGCUUCAAGCAGCCAGAGAACUGUGCCCCAAAGGCCCCCAAAACAGGAUAAGAAGCUCCGAAGUAAAAGUUUCGGACCCGGCGGUUUGGAUGCCCUCAAGCAUGCGAAUGGCAAUAGGCGAAAGUCAGCUGCUCAGUUCCCUCUAAAGUCUAUCCUCAAACCUACGGUACCCGUUUCUCCCAUACGAAAUAUUCCAUCCUUCGAGGAAACUCGGAAGAGGAUACCGGUUCGAAGCCCGGAGCGCAACUCUAAAUCUCGCCAAUGGAAUGGCCCUAAUGGAAAGGGCGAUCAACAUAUUGGCACCUCUACCCCAUCGGCUUCUAUAGUUGGCACGGAAAAUUUGGCCAAUCCUUUUGAUACAUUCAAUCCCUCGUCGGUGAUGCGCCAUGGCAAAAUUGCGGUUCGCACGGAGGAGGAGCAGCAAGCUGCCGCCAGGGAAAGGGAAGAGAAUGAACUGCUGGAACGUGAGAAACAGGCCAUUCUAGAGCACCGAGCGGCAAGGCGAAAAUCGAUGGCAAAUCGUCGUGUGUCCUUUGCGCCAGAGGCCACCCUACAUACUUGGAAUGUAGUUGAAUUGAUUGAAGAUUCCACGUCUUCUUCAGCCUCGAACUCCACGAGACGUGCCUCUGCUAUCACAGCCGAUCAAUCCCACCACACUCCGAAUCAGGACAUGGAUCUUACAGAUCGCCCGACAAAUCAACCAAGCGAUGACCCCGAUGCUGAUGAGCACGACCGACUGCGGAAAUCACGUCGUGGCUCUGGAUUUACUAAGAGAGAUCCAUACAGUCCCGAUCCCGAUGAGGCAAUCUCUUCCAGCCCAUUUAGCGGGAGCUCCGCUGCAGGAAGCGAUGAUGUCGGUGAGGUAGUUGUGGAAGAUGAUAUGAAUUCAGAUUCCAAUACUGAUGAUGAUGAUGGGGCCACGGUUAUGAGUAUAGAAAACACAACUGAGCGGUCCGGUUCUUCCCAAUCAGAUGAUUCAAGCACCCAUUCUAGCACGAAACUCGACCAAGCCUUGCGACAGGCUGCUCAAGCCGCUGGCACUAAAGGGAUUGACUUUGAUGAAAAUAGGGACUUGUCCAUAGGAUUCACUAAUCAUGAGAUUACUGGGGCAUUUUUACCUUGGGUUAAGAAAAGGGCCGAGAAGCUUGAUCUUGAUACGGAAGAUUUGAGUGCUCGACAGGAUCAGGAAAAUGUUAACCCCUUUGAUCAACCUUUAUCCCAAUAUCGGCCUUCAAGCAGGGAUUCUAGUGGUGGAUUUUAUGAGGAUUGUGAAGCAGAUGUAAGUAUGGAUAUGACCAAUGCCGUUGGCGGUAUCAUCCCAGAGCGACAGGAUGGGACAGCGGUUGGUAAAUCUUGUCGGAAAUCUGUUUCUCCCGGUAGCGGCCGCCGAGAUACGCUCCGUCGAACAUCAACUGGCGAAAUGUCACCUUUCGGGGACCAAACAAUGGAAUUUACGAAUGUGAUUGGUGGUAUUACCCAAGACCGUUCUCCAAUCAAGGUGCUCUCUGGAAGUAGUGACGUUGGAAAUGAUGAAGAGAUGACGAUGGAACUUACCUCAGCUCUUGGAAGUAUUCAACAGGCUUACCUCCAAAGGGAUGUACCCCACGAGGAAUACCAGCGGCCCUCCAAUGAGCCUGUGGAAUAUGGAAAUCAAGAGUUUGGCGAUGAAGCUGACGAUGAAGCCAUGGAGAUGACAGGCGCUAUUGGAGGUAUCCUGGAUCCCAUUGAGGAGCAAACGGAACCCCUGGAGGACGAAACCAUGGGUAUGGAUAUAACGAAUGCGAUAGGUAAAAUAUUACCACCCCAGUUUAAUUUCAAUAACAGGUCCCAAAGAAGAGCUUUGAUGGAGCUGGAGAGCGAUGCUGGUCAGCUUGGCAGCUCGCCGUUCCAGGAGAACAUUGUGCCUUCGCCACGCAAAAGCCCUGCUGUUGAACAGCAGGCUCCCGUGGUGUCUGAAUCCGGCAGCCCGACCCUAUCUGGCGUAAAACGCAGGCAGGAACGAAGAAGUAUUGGCCCAAGGCAAUCAACUACUCCAAGAGAUGGCUCUCGUCAUUCAUCGCCCUUGAGAAAGUUAUCGACCCCUUCAAAUCGAGUGACUCCACAGGCCAGCAAACAUUCAACUCUUGGAAAGACACCACCGUCUGGUAAUGUCGUAUUCAGAAGCGCAUCUCCGAAAAAGCUUUUCGUACCGGAGCUUAAACAAGCAUCCACCCAAAAGACUCCGACUAGUUCGAGUAAGCUUUUUCAUCAGGAUAGUGCUGGGAAGACUACUCCAUCCUUCGUCCUGCGUCCUCAUGGGCGGCCAUCUAGUGGUCUUGGUAUUGAUAGGGAAGGUAUAGGGUCACCGCGUGUUGCUGAAAUUCUGGAUAGACGACGAUCCAUAGGGGAAGACUCCCGGCAUUUUAUACCAAAAAGUCCAACUUCACGAGGAGUGAGAUUCGAUAAUCCCCGAGAGAUGGAAGAAGAACUGGAGAGGGAACAAGAAGAAAGAAAGAGAAGGGAAGCUACCAUUGCUGAGACAGGAAUCCGAAAAGAGCCGACACUUAAUUUAAAGGAGCUAAUAUCCAGCCUUACCCCCAAGAAAAGUAAAGCCAAGGCACGCAAAAGUUUGCAUGUUGGCGCAGCGAUAGGUCUCCUUGGUAAACGGCCGGCGGAGCUAGACGAGGAUGGCGAGGAGGAAGAAUAUACUCCCAAGCGCCUCAAGGGCCGCGAAGCAAGUCCCGUCAAGAGCAUCAGGCUCCCCGCUCCUCUCUCAAUGGACGAAGCUGUUAGACGAACCACUCGAGCAUCAAGCUACAAUGGCCCUGAAUCAUCCCCAUCGCACGUGUCAAGUACAACUCCGAAAGGAGCUCCUCGUACUAGGCCUUUAGGCAGAUCCGUCAGUGAGGAGCGUACUACUCAAAAUUCUACAGUUGAUCUGGAAGGCACCCUGGACAAUUCUCCUAAGCCACAAGUCGAGCCAAUACAACUCCAGGAUUUUCUGGAAAUGACCAAUAUCCACUUUAUGGAACUGACUACAACAAAAAGAAGGCAUACGUUGGCGCCCUCUAACGAAGAGAAAAAGGCUGCAUUCAAGACUGAAGAGGAGUCUGCAAAAGGCACAAGCUUGGAAGAUUGCGUGGCUGCUGGGUUCUGCACAGUACCAAUGCUCGAGUUAUACCAACAUUCGUGCCGUGAAUUGAAAUCCUAUAUCUCAGAAGGUCGACGGAUCAUUCGCUCGAUCGAAACGGAAACUUACUCAGAUAAUCCGCCUCUGUUCCAAGAAUAUGUGACAGCACCACCCGAUAUCCGGUUGCUGAUGGAUAACCAGUUCCGUAACGUAAAAACUCAUGCGCGCCUUUUAAGCAAGUCCAUGUGGUACGAAUGGCGAAUGAAACUCUUGGAGGGCCUUAAGGAAGGACUCGACCGUCACGUUGAGGAGAUGCAGAAUGACGAAGCAAUUUUAUCGAAGAAAGAGCGCCUAUUAGAUCGAGUGGUUCCCGCGUUGGUUGAAAAGCAUGCAAAGCUUGAAACUGAAGCACGUUGUCUGCGGCAAACAGUUGAUGAACUGGAAAGCUGCGAUAAGGAAGAACUUCGUCAAGCACGCGAACGAUUGGCGGCUCUGGAUGCGGAAAUUGCCGCAAAGAGAAAGUCUCUGGAUCAGUCACAAGCAGAGCUUGAAAACAAGAAUGAUUUCAUCCAAACGGGAGCGGAGUUAAAGAAUGAACUUUUGUUCCAGAUACGUGAAGCGGAGCGAAUUACGGAAGAGUGUCGAGGUUGGAGUGUGAAGGAGGUUAAAGCCCUAAAAGCUUCUGUGCAUGCCAUUGAACGUCAAACCGGUUGGAGCAUCUUGUCUGCUUCAUUGAAAUCGAACUCCAAGCAUGGCCCAUCAUUAAAAAUGCGAUAUCGCGACGAACUACAGGUUGAAUUUUAUCCAGGCGCUUUCAACAUCACACUGGAGCCGACAUCGUCCUGCCGACGCUCGUCUCAACCAAGCAAAAACCUUCCUGUAAACUUCAGCUAUUCACCCAGCUUAAUUCAAGGAGCUCGGCAUGCAAGUAAUGGACUGUCUCAUGAAAAGGCCCUGAUUCUCCACGCACUCCGUAUGCGCUCUUCCCAAAUAUCACAAUCAUCCCUUACCCCGAGACAGUUCCUUUCCGGUAUCUCACGGGCAUGGGAUAGGGCCAUUAACCUAGGGAACGAAAUACGUGCACUUGGAUACUGCGGAAUUACAAGUGCAAAGGCGCCAGAAGUGAACCCCUCUGAGCCAACCUUACUAGUAAUCCGGUGUAUGGUUCUCGGCUGGUCCUCCGCAAAUGCUGAAGCGGAGACUUUUCGAGAUAAGGUGAAGGGGAAAUCGCCCCCAGUAUCAGAGAACAGCGGCAGGGUGAAGGCUAGAGUUGACAUUGAUUUCACAGUGAAGCCGAGACCAGCCAAUAGUGGUACAGAUAUCCCUGACAUGGAUAUUGAGGUUCACACAGAUGUCUCUGCUAGCAUUGUCUAUGGCUCUAUUAGCCCGUACGAGGGUAAUGCGGGGGAGGUGCAAAUUGGCGAUAUGCUAGGCAAGAUAAUUCAGCAGAAGAAUACCCCUGGAGUUGAAUUGGGGGGUGGUGUGUGGCGGGAUGCUGUGAGGAGGUUUGAAAGGAGAGUGUUCGCGUAA